GGUAAAUGGUCUCAUCAUCGAGCCAGGUACGGGCCCGGAAAAUACACCCGGCAAGAUGAACCCUCUUUAUGGUGUGAUAGAAGUCACAACGUGUGGUCCAAUCGCCGGUUCCAUGGCAUCAUCACCCCUCAUUGCGGUAAGUAUAUACUUAGUAGCAGCAGUAGCAGUAGUACCCUUCCCCGAACAAACAGUCGCAAUUGCGCCCCCAAUCCACCAUAACAACAGCUGGUCUCUGUUACUCAAAUCUCACAUUACAAUGUAACAUUAAUGAUACAAUCCAUUAGUCAGGAAAUGAGGACAAUGACUACUUAAGUGGCGAACGAAACAGCUUAACC